AUGGGAACUCGAAAACGAUGGCAAGAUAAAAUAACAGAAGAUCUUGAAAAAUUCAAUAUUCGCAAUUGGCGACGUGAAACACUUGACAAAGACAAAUGGCGGGGGACAAUCAACAGAUUCGCUCAUUCAAAUGAUCCCUCUUCAAACAUCUCCGAAGUUGUGCAACAAUACAAGCAAAAAGCUGACAAGCGAAGAGCUGCAUCAAAUGUAUCUUCUCCCCCCAAGGUCACUGAAGUUCUAACCAAGCAAGGGUUAAAAAACAAUGAUGGUACACACACAUGUCCAAACUCAAAAUGUCCAAGAAAAGUUUUCAAAGCUCAAGGUAUUACCAGACACGUCAAAGCAUGUGCUCCAGAAUGGUGUAAGAAACACAAAAUUCCAACAAAUUAG